UUUCCUACCACAUAAAAUACAAGAGUUUAGUUUCCUUGUGUGUUUGGAGAAAAAUGGAAGCGAAGCAGAGAAAGAGGAAGAAGGAAAUUGAGAAUACGAAAGAAGAUCGGGUGAGUGAGUUACCGGACUGCCUUCUCCAUCACAUCUUCUCUUUCACCGACGCCGCCGACGUUGUUAGAACUUGUAUUUUGUCUCAUAGAUGGAGGUACUUUUGGAUUUCUGUUCCCUCUCUUAAUUUCAAUUUCAAAAACUUCUCUAGGGUUAUUAGCUCAAAAGAAUCAUCUUUUAUUAACUUUAUCAAUCAAGUUCUUCUGCGUCGGAAUUUUAUACCUGUUCGUAGUUUUCAGUAUAGUCCACCUUCUGAUGUUAAAGUUAGUGCCUUUCAAUCUUGGAUAUGUUAUGCGAUGAAUCAUCAGGUUCAACACCUUACAUUAGACGUAGGUUAUCUUACAAUGCCCCUUCACUUGCCUCAUUGUUUAAAUCGUUGCACAUCCUUAACGACUCUCGAACUGAGUUGCUCUGGACAUCAAAGCAUAAAAUGGCCUGCAAAUUUUGAGUUACCUUCUUUGAAAAAUUUGCACCUUGUUAAAUUACUAUAUUGUUCUGAGGAAAGUAUCUUCUCAUGUUGUCCGAAUCUGGAGACUCUAAAACUUGUUGGGACGUUUUGUGGAGAAUUCAGUGUUUGUGCUCUAAAACUGAAAAGCUUUGAUUUUUUAAAUAACCAGAGAUGGAGGCUUUUUUCCAACCGUGAAUUUGUUAUUGUGGCUCCAAAGCUUAUGAGAUUCAAGUUUGGUGGCUAUCCUCCUGGAGUCUUCUCUCCCAAGAAUCUUUGUUCUCUGGACCAUAUCGAAAUUGAUGUGCCGAACAACAAAGAACUAUAUUUGUAUGGUAAUAAGGAUAUGAUGAAGCAAAAGUAUGCUCUCACAGUGCUCCAAAUGCUUAAUGCAUUUCCUACAGCAAAAACCAUGACAUUGUCCAUGAAUGUCAUUCAGGUUCUAUCCUAUGUCCCUGCUUUACUAAACGAGCACCCUUCACAGUUUUCAAAUCUGAAGUAUCUGAAGGUGAAGAGUAGUAAGUCAUCUAAGCAAAUCAAGAUACCCAGCAUUAUCUUAAAUUACUUUCGUACGGGCUCUCCAUUGCUGGAAAUAUCUUAAAUGAAAGGACUAACAAAUUAUAGAUGUUUAUAGGAUUAUGCACUUUUUGUAUAUAACUUAUGGUGACUGAUUACUUAUUAUUUCAGUAGUUAUUUUGGUUAGUUCAACUAGUCUUUGGCUGUGUUGGUUAUUUAUUUUAUCUGAAUUAUUGUCAAACUAUCGAUGUUAAUAGGACUAUGCAUUUUUGUGAUCUAAAUUACGGUGACUGAGUAUUUCAAUUCAGUUGUUAUGUUGGUUAA